CAGCAGCAUGGUGCUCUGCAGAGCAGCAGGUCGGGCGCCGGCAGCCUCCGCCGCCACCGCCGCUUCGCCGCAACGUUAACGGCUCCGGGCCGAGGGGAGAGGAAAGGGCUUCGCUGCGGCCGCAGGGCUGCGGGACAGGAUUGCACUGCCCGGCCUGCCGGGCCGAGAGCGGGGCGGAGGAGGGCUCGGCCGGCGCGAUGGGGCUGUGCCGGGGAACAAGGGCGCCCAGGGGCCAAGGCUCCGCUUUCCUCUUGCUGCUGGCCUUGGGCUGCCUCUGGCUGCCCGCAGGCGGCCGGCGGCCCCCCCGGCCGCCCCCCUGCCCCCCGAGCUGCUCCUGCACCCGUGACACUGCCUUCUGCGUGGACUCCAAGGCCAUCCCCAGGAACCUGCCGCCCGAGGUCAUCUCGCUGACCAUGGUGAAUGCAGCCUUCACGGAGAUCCGCGAGGCAGCCUUCGCUCACAUCCCCUCGCUGCAGUUCCUCCUGCUGAACUCCAACAAGCUCACGCUCAUCGGGGACGGCGCCUUCGCCGGGCUCUCGCACCUGCAGUACCUGUUCAUCGAGAACAACGACAUCCAGGCACUGUCCAAGGGCACCUUCCGUGGGCUCAAGUCCCUGACCCACCUGUCUCUGGCCAACAACAACUUGCAGACGCUGCCCAGGGACCUCUUCAAGCCGCUGGACAUCCUGAGCGACCUGGACCUCCGGGGCAACGCGCUGGCCUGCGACUGCAAGAUCAAGUGGCUGGUGGAGUGGAUGGAGAGCACCAACACCACGGUCCCCGCCGUCUUCUGCAGCAGCCCUGGGCAGCGGCAGGGCCAGCGGAUCCGCGAUCUGGCACUCAGCGACUUCGAGUGCAUCACCACGGACUUCGUGGUGCACCAGGUGCUGCCCUUCCAGUCGGUGUCGGCCGAGCCCUUCACCUACGCCAGCGACCUCUACCUGGCCCUGGCCCAGCCCAGCGCCAGCAGCUGCACCAUCCUCAAGUGGGACUACGUGGAGCGCAAGCUGCGCGACUUCGACCGCAUCCCCGCUCACUCGGCGGUGCACUGCAAGCCCAUCGUGGCCCAGGACCAGCUGUACGUGGUGGUGGCGCAGCUCUUCGGGGGCUCCUACAUCUACCGCUGGGACACCACCGUGGACAAGUUCAUCAAGAUCCAAGACAUCGACAGCCAGAAGAUCCGCAAGCCCAACGACAUCGAGGCCUUCCAGAUUGAGGGCGACUGGUACUUCGUCAUCGCAGACAGCUCCAAGGCGGGCUCCACCAGCCUCUACCGCCUCAACCAGAACGGCUUCUACUCCCACCAGGCCCUGCACGCCUGGCACCGCGACACCGACGUGGAGUACGUGGAGAACGAGGGCAAGCCCCGGCUCAUCAUCUCCAGCAGCUCCCAAGCACCCGUCAUCUACCAGUGGAACCGCUCGCAGAAGCAGUUCACCCCCCAGGGCGAGGUGGGCGAGAUGCUGGACGUCCAGAUGGUCAAGCACUUCAAGGUCAAGAAGGACCACUUCCUCUGCCUCAGCCGCUACAUCGGCGACUCCAAGGUGGUGCGCUGGGAAGGGCCGCGCUUCGUCGAGCUCCAGACGCUCCCCUCCCGCGGCUCCAUGGUGAUGCAGCCCUUCUCCGUGGAGCAGCGCCAGUACAUGGCCCUGGGCAGUGACUUCUCCUUCACCCACGUCUACCUGUGGGAAGAGGAGAAGCAGAAGUUUGUCAAGUUUCAGGAGCUGUCGGUGCAGGCGCCCCGGGCUUUCCGCUACGUGCCCGCCGCCGACGUGCAGCUCCUGCUGGCGCCCAGCUUCAAGGCCAACACGCUGGUCUACCGGCACGUGGUGGUGGACCUCAGCCUGUAGAGGAAGGGAGACCCGGGGCCCCGACGCUGCCCUGCCGGGCUCCCUCCAGGCUCUCCCACGGGCACCGGCCCCAGCCUCAUUUUCCGGAGACCUGCCGCCGCCCGCGGUGGGGCUGCCCGCCGCCUCCCCUGCCCAGCCUGCGGCCGUGUGGGGCCUGAGGCCGCGAAUGUGCCCGCCCGCCCGCCGCAGACUCUGCCCGGGGACCACCACCGGCGUGAGCGCCGCCGACUGCUCCUACGGCCCCCCAGCCCCCGGGGUCACCUGCCUGCGCCGCCUGCCCCUCCAGUCCCCCCAUGCCUGGCUGCGGGAGGGAGGCAGGGGAGGCCACGGGCCUCCGUUUCCCCAGGAGGGACAACAGCCCUGCUUAUUCCCCGGUCCCCCCCCUCACCUCGCCCAUGUCCACCCCAUCCGGGAGCCCGUGGGGGGCUGGAGGACAGGGCUAGGACGGCCCUCGCUCCGCACCCCGAUGCCCGCGGGGGACUGCGGUGUUGGUAGGGCCGGCGGGGAGGAGUGGGUGUCCAUGCGGGUGCCCAUGGCUCUGCCCACUCCAGCCCUGGGCAGCAGCUGGAGGCUUACGGCAGGCUGUGGUCGGUCUGGGGGCAGUGCUGGGGGGUGAGGAACCGGGCACUGAGGCUGGCAGGAUGCUCCCAGACCGGUGGGAUGCUCCAAGGCCCCUCUCCCUGCAUGUGCUCCCCUGUUCUCCCACCACCCCCCCUCCGGGGCAGGAGUUUACGUGCCCCCCGCACCCGAGGUGUACGUGCCCUGCAGAAACGCUCCCCCCAAUAAACACACUGUGACUCCC